AUGUCCUCCCAACUGCUACAGUCAGAGCUUCUGAAUCUUAUCCAAGAAUCUAAGAGAAAGAAUGCAGACCUUCGCAAUGCUGCCGAAGAGUCUCUCAAUGACCUGAAGGCGCUGCCAUCUACCUCCGAGGCGCAGAUAUCGGCUGAUCUUGUUCGCAAGCCUAGAUUUGUUAACCCGUUCAUUCUGGCCUGCCAUAGUCGACAUGCUAAGCUCGCGGGAAUUGGCGUGGUCUGCUUGCAACGAUUGGUUGCAUCCAAGUCACUGCCCUCUGAGCGAUUGAAGGACGUACUUGGUGGCCUGAAAGAGAUCACAACCUUGAGUAAGUGCUCGUGCCCCAGAUCUAUGUCAUUGAGACUAACAUUCAAAAGGCCUGGAUAUUCAACUCAAAAUCUUGCAAACUCUACCAUCGUUGCUGCAGCACUAUUCUAA